CGAGAGAGACAGAGAGAAAAGGGGAGGGAGAGGAUGGAAAGAGAUGAGGGGAGUGAUUGCGCCAUGCCACACAUACUUGAAGCUCAGUCUCCCUUGGAGACAGUGGCAACUCUGGAUCACGGCAUGACAGUGAAACAGUAGAGUCUCCACUUCACUGCACUUCCACUGAGCUAUCUCCACUGAGCUGUGUUACUAUCCCGACAGACAGAGAGAGAGCACCAGUAACAGAGGGCUGGCCUGAAGAGGAACGGAGAGUCAGGACUGGAGUGCUGGGAAGAAGACAAAAGAGUUGACAGAGAUCUGGAAAGAGGGGGGGGCGGGGGGACCAUCAAGAGCGUAAAAGAAGAAGCGGAGGAGUCAGGAAUCUGAGGAUGCUCAGAGCUAGCAGGAGGAGCUGCUGAGCGUGCAGCAGACCGGGCACACUUACACAGUCAGACACACAGACAUAAACUCACUUCCCAGGGAAGGAAAGUGUGUUGUGCCCCCAGUGGAGGAUGAAGAAGCACUCAGCCCGAGUGGCUCCUCUCAGCUCGUACAGCACUCAGGUCCUGACCUGCCCCAUCUCUGAAGGAGAGGAUGGUUCAGAGUCUCAAGCAGAGACACCGGGCAGUGAGACCAGCGAAGAGUGCCGGCCCUAUCAGACAUGUACCAACACAGCUCUGAAGGUGCUGGGUGGUCUGCUGAUGGUGUUGUGUAUCUCUUCCUCCUGGGUGGGUACCACUCAGGUAGUUAAGCUGACCUUCCAGUCGUUCUCUUGUCCAUUCUUCAUCUCCUGGUUCAGCAGCAACUGGAACAUUCUCUUCUUCCCCAUCUACUACUCUGGACAUGUGGUUAUCACACGGGAGAAGCAGACCCCAAUACAGAAAUUCAGGGAGUGCAGCAAACUCUUUGGGGAGGAUGGGAUGACUCUGAAAAUCUUUGUAAAGAGGACAGCACCCUUCUCAAUACUGUGGACGUUGACCAACUACCUGUACCUCAUGGCCUUGAAGAAGCUGACCGCCACUGAUGUCUCUGCCCUCUACUGCUGCCACAAGGCCUUCGUCUUUCUCUUGUCCUGGAUUGUUCUCAAGGACCGCUUCAUGGGUGUUCGGAUUGUGGCAGCCAUAAUGGCUAUCACAGGUAUAGUCAUGAUGGCUUAUGCUGACGGUUUCCAUGGUGAUUCCUUUGUGGGCGUGGCGCUGGCUGUGGGCUCAGCCUCAACAUCAGCUCUCUACAAGGUGCUGUUCAAGAUGUUCCUGGGCAGCGCCAACCUUGGAGAAGUGGCUCACUUCCUUUCCACCAUGGGCUUCUUCAAUCUUAUCUUCAUCUCCUGUGUUCCCCUCAUCCUGUACUUCACCAAGGUAGAGCACUGGGGCUCACUGUCCUCCCUGCCCUGGGGAUACCUGUGUGGACUGGCAGGACUGUGGCUGGUGUUCAACAUCUUGGUCCAUGUUGGUGUGGUGCUGACAUACCCCAUUCUCAUCUCCAUAGGGACGUUGCUCAGUGUGCCGGGCAAUGCAGCCGUGGAUGUUUUGAAACAUGAGGUGAUCUUCAGUGUGGUGCGCCUGGCAGCCACCUGCAUCAUCUGCCUGGGCUUCUUGCUCCUGCUGCUGCCAGAGGAGUGGGACUCAGUCACGCUGCGUUUCCUGGCCACCAUCGCAGACAAGAAGUCCGAGGAACACGGCGAGGACCUCACAGAGUCCAGUGGCCACACUCGGAGCCGCAGUCGAGCAAACGGCGCUGUCUCCAUUCCCUUGGCAUAAGAUGGUUGAGCUCUGCUAGUAGCCUCUGUUAACCAGUCUUGAAGCCCUGUCUCCAUUGCCCACUCAGGAGGUGUAGGUGGGAUGUUCGGUGUCCACAUGGACUCUUUACCAGGAAGGCAGGAAGUAAUGUCUUGAACCUUCACUCUGGAGAUGCAUUUCUGCCUCCGCCACUUCACUGCAGGAGGUGAAAACGAGAACAUUUAUGGAUCUUGCUAAUUGAAAGGGUGGAAAGUGUUAUUUACUUUCUUGAAGUACUUGCCACGCUCAGUCCCGUUCCUCGCACGCACCCAAACCAAGAGCUGACUGACCUCCCCUGACCUACUCUGUAGACUGUAUUCUGUGAAUAUAAAUAUUUGCAGGGCCAGUUUGGCUCAAUCUUAUGUGUAUUUAUGAUAUUUAUUUAGAGCUGCAGAGCUAAGAGUAUUAAGAAUAUUAUUUUAUGUCUUAUUGAAUAGUAUUACAUACAAGAUUGGCAAUUAUACUAUGCGUACUGUACAGGCUUUUUUGGUUUCAUAAUAAAAACUUAAAACCCACCCUUAAUCUCAGGAUCACAUGUAUUGUAUGUGGCUAAAUCUUGUGUUAUUCAACCAUAUUUUAUAACAUAUUUUUGUUGCCCAAAUCAGCAUAGACAAGGAUGCAUACAUUGCUGACAAAGUGUCACAGGUCCUUCAUAUUAAACAAACAUUUUGGCUUCCUGUCAUCAAAAUACUGUUCUUUAGCUCAGCAACAAAUUAGGACACUGAGGUCAUGUCCUUGGGAAUUUACAAUUUAAGAUACAUAUUCUAUGCUUCAACCCUUUUCAACAGGGGAA